CUUCCUUAUGCUGCAAAGGCAUUCUUUACUGGCAGUGAUCAGCCAUGACUAGUGCUACCCCAAACCGUCCUUUUCACUGCCAUAAAGUGUGUCUCACAGGACAAGCUGGAGUAGGUAAAACUAGCACCUUCAUGAGGAUAAAGACAGGAAGGUUUCGUGUGUGGUCUACAACUAAUCUACAUGCAGACAUGUAUGAGAUGACUAGACUAAUAAAUGGAGAAGAUAUUUCAAUUGUCCUUCAUGAUACUGCUGGGCAGGAGUACUAUGGAACUGUGAGUCAGAAUUUCUAUCGCAAUGCUACAGCAGUUAUCUUCAUGUUUGCAUACAAUGAUCUCCUCUCUCUUGAAAGGCUUACUUCUCAUGUGGAGGAAACAACCAGACACUCACACGAGAAGUGUCUCCGCAUUCUUGUAUGCAAUAAAAUAGAUUUGGAGGAUGACAUUAUAUCUAAAGAUAUCAUUGACUGCAGACGGCAGCUACUGGAGUGCGACUGUGUGUAUUAUAUAUCAGCAUGUACGGGCCAGGGGGUGAACAAACUGGUUGAUGCUUUAUUUCAAAGACUAGCUGCCUUUAGUAACUCUGACAACACUUUUGGAGAAUCUAUUAAGUUACAAUCAGAGAACUUCAGUGAAAGCAGGUCUAAAUGUUGUUUUUGAAUUUUUUUUCUUUAAUAAUAAGCACAUAUCUAUUAUCAUAAUUUCUAUGGUAUCUAGAAACUAUCUAAUUAGAAUAUUCAUGAUUUUGAGAGGCGUGAAGGCGUUGCUCCUAAAGACUAGUCGAGGGGAAGGCUAUCGCUAUCAUGGAAAACAAGGCUCAUGACUUUGAGAUGAUCCUCCUCGGGGAUGCUGGCGUAGGAAAGACUACUCUCUUCAUUCACCUACAAACUGGCAAACCCGCAGAUGAUGACGUCAGACUCACCAUUGGAGUGGAUAUUGCAUACAAAACCCUCAACAUAAGCGGGCAGGAUGUCACAGUCAAGAUAAGUGACACAGGAGGUAACGAAAGGUUCCGUACUUUAACCAGCAGCUUCUACAGGCGAGCAAACAUUGUCCUCCUCUUGUAUAGCAUUGAGGAUCAGUACACACUGCAGACUCUGCCUGCCUGGAUUACUGAAUGCACUGAACAGAAUGAGUGUCCUGAUAAUCUUCUGUGGGUCCUCAUUGGCAAUAAAAGUGAUGCAGAUAAUGACGUGGAACCAAGCGCAGUUGACAGUUUCUGCAAAGAACACAACAUCAAAAACCGACACUUCAUAUCGGCUAAGUACGGCACAAAGGUUGACGACAUGUUCAAAUCAGUUUUGAAGGUUGCGCUAGAAAAGAGAAAGAGUCAAGGGAUGGAAGCUGCAUCAAAUAAUAAUGGCUCGUCUAUCAAAGUGGGGACAACUGCUAUAGCACCAAAAAAAAGUACAUGUUCCUGCUGAACAAUGAUUCCCUUUCAUCUUUAACUGUUUAAACAGGGUAUUAUUUUUGUUGUUAUUAUUAUUAUUGAAAUUGUUUAUAAAUAGUAUUUCCAUUUAUAAUUAUUAUUACUAUUGACAAUGUUAUUUGAUGUAUUUAAAAUAACUAA